AAUUGGAUGACAAUUGGACUUUGUUGCGCUUCCUUCAUUUAAAAACACAAACUCAUCGCAAGGUUAACCUUUCAUUUGCGCGUCCUGUUCUGCCCUGAAUCAGUUUGGUUUUUCCUGAGAUUGGAUAAUCUAUUCUCUCUUUGACGCGCCAAUUUCAGCUUUUGAAACACAAUGGCAGACUCCGAGGAUAUUCAGCCACUCGUCUGUGACAAUGGGACAGGAAUGGUUAAGGCUGGAUUUGCUGGAGAUGAUGCUCCAAGGGCUGUGUUCCCUAGCAUUGUUGGUCGACCACGUCACACUGGUGUGAUGGUUGGCAUGGGCCAAAAAGAUGCAUAUGUUGGGGAUGAAGCUCAGUCCAAGCGAGGUAUAUUAACUCUGAAAUACCCCAUUGAGCAUGGUAUUGUGAGUAACUGGGAUGACAUGGAGAAGAUCUGGCAUCACACCUUCUACAAUGAACUCCGUGUUGCCCCGGAGGAGCACCCGGUUCUGCUCACCGAGGCACCUCUUAACCCGAAGGCCAAUCGUGAGAAAAUGACCCAAAUCAUGUUUGAGACAUUCAACACACCUGCUAUGUAUGUAGCUAUCCAGGCUGUUCUGUCCCUCUAUGCCAGUGGGCGUACAACUGGUAUUGUUCUGGACUCUGGAGAUGGUGUCAGCCACACUGUGCCCAUCUAUGAAGGGUAUGCCCUCCCUCAUGCCAUUCUCCGUCUUGACUUAGCAGGGCGUGACCUCACAGAUGCCCUGAUGAAAAUCCUGACCGAGCGCGGUUACUCCUUCACCACCACAGCCGAGCGUGAAAUUGUGAGGGACAUGAAGGAAAAGCUGUCUUACCUUGCCCUUGAUUUUGAGCAAGAGCUUGAAACAUCACGAACCAGCUCCGCUGUUGAGAAGAGCUAUGAGCUCCCAGAUGGACAGGUCAUCACCAUUGGCGCCGAGCGUUUCCGUUGCCCUGAAGUUCUCUUCCAGCCAUCCAUGAUUGGAAUGGAAGCUGUUGGAAUCCAUGAGACCACAUACAACUCAAUCAUGAAGUGUGAUGUUGAUAUCAGAAAGGACUUGUAUGGAAACAUAGUCCUCAGUGGUGGCUCUACCAUGUUCCCGGGUAUUGCUGACAGAAUGAGCAAGGAAAUCACCGCGUUGGCCCCCAGCAGCAUGAAGAUCAAGGUGGUUGCUCCACCCGAGAGAAAGUACAGUGUCUGGAUCGGUGGCUCUAUCUUGGCUUCUCUCAGCACUUUCCAACAGAUGUGGAUUGCAAAGGCAGAGUACGAUGAAUCUGGUCCUUCAAUUGUACACAGGAAAUGCUUUUAAAUGUUGCUGGAUGUGGUGCAGAUACUGUGUCGUCGUUUGGCAUAACAAUAGCACCUUGCAACAAUUGAUAUUUUCUUUAAUUAUGUGUUGAUAGAACGGAGAAUUGGGUGAAAGGGGGGUUUAUGGCAGAGUUAAUUCUUUCAUUUGUUUUGUUUACCAUUGACAAUUGUUGAACAGUUGAUCUUUAAUGAUAAAUCAAAGCCAGUUUAAUUUAUAACUA